CACACAUCAACUAUAAUUUGGAUUUCUUUAUUGUGAAAUUUUCCUUUUUCAAAAAAAUGCCUCUAAGCAUUUGCAGUAACUUGACACAAUUAUCCUCUUUCCAUUGAAAAUAUAAACGCUACCUCCUUAGGUUCUCCCUACUUCACUAGCUUUGUUGCUCAAUAGCUCAACAAUGAAGACCACAACCACACACCCAUUGCCGCAUUGCUACAUCAACUAAUCCACCAACACAACCACUAAAACUAACUACCCUUCACCAUCAACCACCACUACAUACUGGCAAUCCCUCUCUCACACAAAUCUCUAUCCAUCUCCCUAAUGAUGAUAGACCUUCAUUACUUCGCUAGCCACCUCCAACCUUCUUCCAUUCCGACAACUACCUGUAAGGCUGUAACCCUUUUUCUAGUGUUUUUUUUUUUUUUUUUGAAAACAACCCUUUUCUGGUGGUUGAAUAUAGCUCAAACGUACAUUUGUUUAAAUUAUUAAUAGCAACACAAAUAUUAAUUUUGAAGAGAGAAUUGCUAAAUUUAUAUAAACUAUUACCUUAAACCUAAUGUAAAAGCCCAAUGGUAAGUCAUCAUAUGAAUCCUAUGCUAAAUGUCAACCUUAACCAUACUACAAGAAUAUCCAAUCCCUUAACAUUGCUUCCAAGGUAUUUCACUUUCUCCCACCAUCCCUUGCUUCACACUUUCAAACUCUCAAAAGUAAAACACCCUUUACAUGAUUCCACAAAUACACACACAUAUCACAUCAACAUUCCCAUAAUCAAACUCUAUCAUUCUCCCCACAUACCUUGGAAUCCAACCUUCUUUCAAUCAUGCCAUUUUCAUUCUCUUCUUCCACCCCUACAAUACAAGGUUAGAAACUCCCCUCAAUUGUUGGAUCAACUUCCCAUUUUUCCUCUCUUACUAAUUAAGUACUAGCUAAUCAUUUACUUUGUACUUUUUAUCGAUAAUUAGAAGACGUCCUGUCAGACCGAAACCUAUAAACAAUUCCCACAUGGUACUUAAGAAAGCUUCAAGGAAGAUAAAAUCAAUGAUCACCAAACCCUUUAAAAACCCCCCAAAAUCAUCAUUUUCAUUUGCACCACCUCCCUUUUUCUUUCCUCCCCAACAACCCGUACAACCAUCAUCAUCUUCAACAAUGGCGAUUUUUCACAGAAAUCAACCAUUUCUAUUCCCAAAAACAGAGUCCUCUGUUCUUCCAGACCCUUCCACUUUCUUCUCCCCUGAACUUCUCUCAUCCCCUCUUCCCACAAACUCUUUCUUCCAAAACUUCGUCCUCAAAAAUGGCGAUCAACCUGAAUACAUCCACCCUUACCUCAUUCGUCUUUCUCUCUCCUCACUUUCUCUCUCAUACCCUUCUCGAUUCGCCAACAAUUCCUUCCUUUACCAGGUUUUCAACGCAGAUUUCACAAUCUCUGCAGAAAAUAAUCCAGAUUCAAAUACCCCACAUAAAAUUUCAUCGUUUAGUGAUCUUAGUGUAACUGUUGAUUUCGUCUCUUCAAAUCUCCGUUUCUUUCUUGUUCGAGGUAGCCCUUUUGUUACUUGUUCUGUUUCAGGAGGUAUAUCUCUUAAAUUCUCCACAAUUCAUGCGAUUUUAUCGUUUAAUUCGUAUAAUUCUAACACUAAGUUUAUUGUUAAGCUUAAUAAUAAUCAAACUUGGGUGAUUUACUCUUCUUCACCAAUUAACCUAACCCAUGAUUUGUCUAAUAUUGUUUCUGACUCGUUUUCGGGUAUAAUCCGGUUUGCGGCUUUACCCGAUUCGAACCCGAAAUUCGAGUCGAUUCUUGAUAAAUUUAGCUCUUGUUAUCCUGUUAGUGGUGAUGCUGUGUUGAAUGAACCAUUUUGUGUGAAUUAUAGAUGGGAAAAAAGAGGGAGGGGUGAUUUGUUAAUGCUUGCUCAUCCUUUGCAUCUUAAGUUGUUAAAUAGGGAUAAUGUUGUUGUUUUGGAUGAUUUGAAGUAUAAGAGUAUUGAUGGAGAUCUUGUUGGUGUUGUUGGGGAUUCAUGGUUGAUGAGGACUCAACCGGUGUCGGUUACUUGGCAUUCGAUUAAGGGUGUUAAGGAGGAGUCAUAUGAUGAGAUUAUCUCAGCUCUUUCCAAUGAUGUUAGUAGUUUGAAUUCGAGCUCAAUUUCGACAACUUCCUCGUAUUUUUAUGGGAAGUUGGUUGCUCGAGCUGCUAGAAUGGCUUUGAUUGCUGAGGAAGUUUGUUAUCCUGAUGCAAUUCCUGUGGUUAGGAAGUACUUGAAGGAAACAAUUGAGCCUUGGUUGGAUGGGACUUUUAAUGGGAAUGGGUUUCUGUAUGAUGGAAAAUGGGGUGGAAUGGUUACUAAACAAGGGUCAACUGAUUCUGGGGCUGAUUUCGGGUUUGGAAUUUUUAAUGAUCAUCAUUACCAUUUGGGGUACUUUAUUUAUGGAAUUGCUGUUCUUGCUAAGAUUGAUCCUGCUUGGGGGAGGAAGUACAGGCCUCAGGCUUAUUCAAUGAUGGCUGAUUUUAUGAGUUUGAGUAGACGAGCAAACUCACAAUAUACUCGUUUGAGAUGUUUCGACUUGUAUAAGCUGCAUUCUUGGGCUGGUGGGCUGACAGAAUUUGCUGAUGGGAGGAAUCAGGAAAGCACAAGUGAGGCAGUGAAUGCCUACUAUUCUGCAGCUUUGAUGGGGUUGGCUUAUGGUGAUGCCCAUCUUGUUUCUGUUGGUUCAUCUCUUGUAGCAAUGGAGAUGCAAGCAGCGCAAACAUGGUGGCAUGUAAGAGAAGGAGAGGGAAUAUAUGAGGACAUCUUUUGCAAUGAGAAUAAGGUGGUGGGUGUUCUGUGGGCUAAUAAAAGGGACAGCGGACUUUGGUUUGCACCACCCGCAUGGAAGGAAUGUAGACUCGGAAUUCAAGUCCUUCCAAUAUUGCCUAUUACCGAGGCUUUGUUUCCUGAUGUGAGCUUUGUGAAAGAUCUUGUGAACUGGACAUUGCCAGCUUUGGAAAGGGACGGAGUGGGAGAAGGAUGGAAGGGGUUUGUGUAUACUUUGGAAGGACUAUACAACAAGGAGAGUGCCCUGGAGAAAAUAAGAAACUUGCAAGGUUUCGAUGAUGGCAACUCCCUCUCCAAUCUCCUCUGGUGGAUUCACAGCAGGGGUGAUGAUGAAGAUGGGUACCUUGGAAUGGGCAGUCAUUGUUGGUUUGGCCACUAUUAUCACUAAUUAUGUUAUAUCAGGUCUGUUUAAUCUGCAUACCUAUUAGUUAUGAUGGAUUGCUUCAUCUGUUGGUUGUGUACAUCUUAUAUUUACUUGAGCAAUGGUGAUAUAUUAGUAGCGUAGUGUUCUGUUGAAUCAAUAUAAUGUAUCAUUUUAGGCUUGAUCACUUGGCAAACCGUCCUUGAAACUUGUUGCCGUGUAUCUGCUGAGCCUGUGAGCCAUUUGCAGUUUCUUAUCAUCUGUGUUUUGAAUGUAUUAUACAGUUAUACACAAUAGAAAAUAUACAAAGUUUUUACUGUAUCCAAUAUUUGCACACUGUAAUACAUGUCCUGGUUUCUUACCCA